AUUUUCUAAACUAUAGAUUGUAUACCUAACCUUUUAUAUAAUCAUUGAUACCAUUUCCACAUUUACUACUUUGAGAUCAACCCCGAAAACUUUAACUCGCUAAGUUAAUGAGGUAUAGCAACUUGGAUCGAUGUACCAAUGUGACAAAUAAUAUUUUACGCUUGACUAGCUGACUGAACUAUUACACAUGUCACAGAUAACUUGAAUAGAAAGUACUUACUGCGUCUAGAUAAUUCAUUUUGAAUACUAUAGAUAUGGAAUUUGUCGCAACGUUCAUGACUGCUUUACAGAUCUUAUUAAAAAAAUUAUUGGUAGCAUGUAAAAUGAUCAUUGCUAAUCCGAACCUCAUCAAGAAGUUUAGUUUAAUAUAUUUAUUAGACUAAACCUCCACAUGUGAUUGCUCAAAUGUUACCUUAACUGAUGAAUCUGUUUGUCCUUAAGGUGUGCAAAUAAAAGGUGAUGUCACUGUUUUGAAAUGUUAUCUAAAUUUUCAUUCCGAAUCUAAGAUUCAAUUAAGAUUUUUCGUCGGGUCUAUAGAUACUAGCUAAUCAGAGACAGCUUAUUCGAUAUUUGUAUUGUUUUCCCGAAACCAGUUGGUUACAUAGUAUUUUUCCGAGUACACAGUUAUCUGGUGUGCAUAAGUCAGAUCAUUAAAUAGGUUCCAUCUGUUCGUAAAAUUUACUUCUAGGUAAAUCAUUUGAAUACACUCAGUAUUUAACAAUCAUCUAGAUUUUAGUGGCCCGAUGUCUGACUCCAGUUGGAUCAUAUGAAUGACUGUCAUCGAUACAUAAAUGCUGCCAAUCCUCGUAUAUUAUUAUUGAUUUAAAUCGCGUUAGUAAUGAAAUGAACAAUUUAUUCAAACACGAGGAUGAAAUUUAAAUACGCAUAUUUCGAUAACAAUCAUUUUACGAUCUAAUUGGCAUCAAAAUAAAAGACACCACAAAAAGGUUUACACAUCUUGGUCAAUCGUUCUCAGAAAUUCGUAAUUUUAAUGAAUUAGGCAAUGAGUAUACACAAGCUCUAAAGUUCAGUCAGUAAACUAAUAAUUAAAACUUGUGAUUUUCUCUUUUUUUAGUAACUGGUGCCAUAGGAUUAACCAUCUUUUGUUCUUCUGCACUGAUAUUUUGGUAUGGUAUUAAAUUAAUGAUUGACGAAAACUAUAAUGCCGGAUCUGUAAUACUGGUAUUCAUAAAUGUUCUCUUGGGAAGUAUUUUUCUGGGCAACGCUCUACCAAGUUUUCAAUAUUUCAUGAACGCACAGGCAUCAGCCUCUGAAAUUUAUGGUACUAUUGAGCGUAUCCCUCAAAUUGAUAAAGAUCGACAUGGAAAUCUCAUUCCAAACUUUUCUGGAAAUGUUGAGUUCAAAAAUGUUUCUUUCGUAUAUCCAAGCAGACCAGAUAUUACUAUUUUACAGGAUUUUAGUCUGACGAUCAAAAGUGGACAAACUAUAGCUUUGGUUGGACCCAGUGGUUCAGGAAAAAGCACCAUUAUUCACAUGCUGCAAAGAUUUUAUGAUCCUGUGAGCGGCGAGGUACUAAUUGAAAACGAGAAUAUCAAGAAUUUGGACCUGAAAGCUUAUCGUAAUCAGAUAGGUUGUGUACAACAAGAACCGAUACUUUUCGAAGGAACUAUCAGUGAUAACAUAAGGUUAGGAAAACUUGAUGCAACUCAAGAUGAGAUAGAAGAAGCUGCGAAGCUUGCUAAUGCUCACGAUUUUAUUCAACAACUUCCGGAUACAUACGACACUUUUGUUGGUGAACGAGGUGGCGGAAUGUCAGGUGGUCAGAAGCAACGUAUAGCGAUUGCCCGAGCUUUGAUUAGAAAACCAAAGUUACUCCUACUGGACGAAGCGACGUCAGCUCUUGACACAAAAUCAGAACGUGUAGUUCAAGUGGCAUUGGACAAAGCGAGUAAGGGGAGAACAGUUGUGGUUGUUGCCCAUCGUCUUACAACAGUUCGUAACGCAGAUUUAAUAAUCGUUCUUGACAAGGGAGUAGUUCGAGAGUCUGGAACACACGAAGAACUUGUGGCUCAAAACGGUCUUUAUGCAGCAAUGCUUAGUAAUCAGGGAAUAAGUGAGAAAAGUGCAAAUGAAGAUGCUGAGUUAUCUGAUGAAGAAUUGGUUGGAAAUUUAGACAAUGAGACACAGACUUCGAAGAAAUUGGACGGUGUGUGGACAAUUGGAGAUGAUCAAGAAAACAUAUCUGAAAGUACUGGAACGUUGCCCCGUAGAAGUAUGUCAAUUACUGCAGCAUCACAAAUCACACGGGCUCAGCUGAAAAAAGUAAAGAAAUCUCCUACAUUAAGAGUUUUACAACUUAACAAACCUGAAUUGCCGUUAAUUAUCAUAGGUUGCUUCUGUUGUCUGGUAAAUGGAACUGCUCAGCCAGCAUUUGCACUUCUAUACACCGAAGUGUAUGAUAUAUUCACUUUGAGAUCAAAUCCUGACUUAAUGUCCAGUCGAAUUAGUCUUAUAAGUGGAAUGAUGGUGUUAAUUGGAGUUUUGCGUUUCACUGCUUCUCUUUGUCAGGGAUUUCUUUUUGGGAAAUCAGGUGAAAAACUAAUCAAACGUAUACGUUCUAUGGUUUUUGAAGCUAUUCUACGUCAAGAAAUUGCAUGGUUUGAUGAACCAGAAAAUCAAGCAGGUGCAUUGACAGCCAAACUUGCUACAGAUGCAACAAAAAUGUCAAUGAUUUCUGGUGCACAACUGGGUUUUAUUAUAGAAGCUUUAGCACUGAUAAUUAUGUCACUUGUGAUAGCAUUCAUUUACAGUUGGCAGUUAACUUUGGUUGUGUUAGCAUUUUAUCCGAUUAUCGUCAUUGGUGGAUAUUUACAGAUGCGUUCAAUGUCAGGAAAAGGCAAGAGUAGAAAUGACACUGAAUCAAUGCGAGUAGCUCAAGAAGCAAUCGGCUCAAAUCGUACUGUAACUACACAUACCUUAGAGGAAUACUUUUUCAAACGUUUUAAAUCUUAUGCUUCUGAAAAUCAAAAAAAAAGAACCAAAAAAAUUCUUUUUUACUCUUUGGUUUAUGCACUCGCUGAGGGUGUGCCAAUGUUUUCGUUUGCGGCAGCAUUCGCCCUAGGUGCAUAUUUGGUUUCAACAAAUGUUAUAACAGUAGUCGCAGUAUUCAGAGUUUUUGCAACCAUCAGUAUGAGUGCACAGUCACUUGGUCGUUCUGCUACGUUAGUUAUGGAUGCAAGGGAAUCAAAGCCUGCAGCGAAAAGCAUUCUAGCACUUUUAGACAGACAAUCCCUCAUUCCAGCUAACGUGGGAAUUGUACCAUCAGAAUCAUUCAGAGGGAAAGUUUCUUUCAAUCGCGUUUAUUUUAAAUACUCUUGUCGAUCUGAGGGCCGGAUUUUAAAGAACUUCACUCAUACAGUUGUGCCCGGUCAAACAGUCGCGUUAGUUGGGCCUUCUGGGUGUGGAAAAUCAACACUACUUCAGUUAGUAUUGAGAUUCUACGAUCCAUCAUAUCACGGUCCCGAUAGUGGUGUGUUUUUUGAUGAUAUGAAUAUUAGAAAUAUUGCACCUAGUUGGGUUAGAAAACAGAUUGGUCUUGUUUCACAAGAACCCACUUUAUUCGAUCUCACGAUAAGAGAGAAUAUUGCGUAUGGAGACAAUAGUCGAGAAGUGACGAUGGAAGAGAUUAUUGAGGCAGCACGUGCAGCUAACAUCCAUGAUUUUAUUACAACACUUCCAGAACAAUAUGAAACCAAAGUUGGACAACGUGGAUCAAAGUUAUCUGGAGGACAGAAACAGAGGAUAGCCAUUGCACGAGCUUUAGUUCGUAAACCUGUUUUACUUGUGUUGGACGAAGCUACUUCAGCUUUGGACAAUGAGAGUGAGCGGAUAGUUCAAGAAGCCCUUGACGCUGCUAUGGGGUCGAGAACAUCAUUAGUUGUUGCUCAUCGCUUGUCCACAGUCGUCAAUGCUGAUCUGGUAGUUGUGUUACAGGAUGGACGUAAGAUAGAGUCAGGACCACCAGCAGCACUUCUGGAAAUGAAAGGAGCUUUCUAUGCAUUGCAUCAUGUAGAAAAUUGAAUUGUCUACCUGAACUUUUCUGUGAUCCUACUAUUUUCAAAUACUUUAUACUAUAUUUGGAACAAAGUUAAUUAUUUGGUGUAUCUUUAAUUCAUUUGCAUAAAUAAAUUAUUUUAUUCAGCG